GACCCUCUCGUAAAAGGCGGUCCCCGGUUGAGCCGGGGGGAGAAAAGAGAGAGGGGGGGGGUCUCGGAGGCCGGAGGACUCGGGUGAAGAUGGCGGCAGCCGAGGCCGCGAACUGCAUCAUGGAGAAUUUUGUAGCCACCUUGGCUAAUGGGAUGAGCCUCCAGCCGCCUCUUGAAGAAGUUUCCUGUGGCCAAGCAGAAAGUAGUGAGAAGCCCAACGCUGAGGACAUGACAUCCAAAGACUACUACUUUGACUCCUAUGCCCACUUUGGCAUCCAUGAGGAGAUGCUAAAGGAUGAGGUGCGCACCCUUACAUACCGCAACUCCAUGUUUCACAAUCGGCAUCUUUUCAAAGACAAGGUGGUCCUGGAUGUGGGCUCAGGCACUGGCAUCCUCUGCAUGUUCGCUGCCAAGGCUGGGGCCCGCAAGGUUAUUGGGAUUGAGUGUUCCAGUAUCUCCGAUUAUGCUGUGAAGAUUGUCAAAGCGAACAAGUUAGACCAUGUGGUGACCAUCAUCAAGGGCAAGGUGGAGGAGGUGGAGCUGCCUGUGGAGAAGGUGGACAUCAUCAUCAGCGAGUGGAUGGGCUACUGCCUCUUCUAUGAGUCCAUGCUCAACACCGUGCUGCACGCUCGUGACAAGUGGCUGGCACCCGAUGGCCUCAUUUUCCCAGACCGGGCCACCCUGUAUGUGACAGCCAUUGAGGACCGACAGUAUAAAGACUACAAGAUCCACUGGUGGGAGAACGUAUAUGGCUUUGAUAUGUCCUGCAUUAAAGACGUGGCCAUCAAGGAGCCCCUGGUGGACGUGGUGGACCCAAAGCAGCUGGUCACCAAUGCCUGCCUCAUAAAGGAGGUGGACAUCUACACAGUCAAGGUGGAGGACCUGACCUUCACCUCCCCCUUCUGCCUGCAAGUGAAGAGGAAUGACUACGUGCAUGCACUGGUGGCCUACUUCAACAUCGAGUUCACCAGAUGCCACAAGAGGACCGGCUUCUCAACCAGUCCUGAGUCCCCAUACACACAUUGGAAGCAGACUGUGUUCUACAUGGAGGACUACCUAACAGGAAGCAUGACUUUCGCAGAUCCCCACCUUCAGUGA